AUGCUGAGCGCCGUUAAGAUGGAGGGACACGAGCACCCGGACUGGAGCAGCAGCUACUACUACGGAGACACCGAGUGUUACCCCUCAGCGGGCAACAUGAACUCCAUGAGCGGCUACAUGAGCGCGCCUGGCAUGAGCGGCAGCGGCCACAUGAACGCGCACUACGGGGUCAGCAGCGCCCCGGUGCCCGCCGGGAUGCCGCCGCAGGGCCCCGGGGCCGCGGUGCAGCCCGGGGCCGGGAUGGCGGGCCUGGGCGCCGCGCUGCCCCCGAGCAUGAGCCCCAUGAGCCCGCCGCCGUACGGGAACAUGCCGGUGAUGAGCCCGGUGUACGGACAGGCCUGCAGCAUCAGACCCCGGGAGUCCAAGCCGUACCGGCGGAGCUACACGCACGCCAAGCCGCCGUACUCGUACAUCUCCCUGAUCACCAUGGCCAUCCAGCAGUCCGGCAGCAAGAUGCUGACGCUGAACGAGAUCUACCAGUGGAUCAUGGACCUGUUCCCGUUCUACCGGCAGAACCAGCAGCGCUGGCAGAACUCCAUCCGGCACUCGCUCUCCUUCAACGACUGCUUCAUCAAGGUGCCGCGGUCACCGGACAAACCGGGCAAGGGCUCCUUCUGGGCCCUGCACCCGGACUCCGGGAACAUGUUCGAGAACGGCUGCUACCUCCGGCGGCAGAAGCGCUUCAAGUGCGGGAAGAAGCCCGGCGCCGGUGAGAGGGGGGAGGCGGCGGGGAAGCCGGGCUCGGAGGGCGGCUCGGUCACCGGCAGCAGCUCCGGUUCGGACUCCCCGCACUCCCCGUCCCCGUCCUCCCCGCCGGCCCCGGAGGUGAAGGGGGUCAAACCGGCGCUGGCCUCCCCGCUGUCUCACCCCCAGCACCUGCUGCCUCACCCCCACCACCACCCGCUGCUGCUGCCGGAGGCCGCGCACCUGAAGCCGGACCACUACCACCACCACCACUACCCCUUCAACCACCCGUUCUCCAUCAACAACCUCAUGUCCGAGCCGCAGCACCACAAACUGGAGCCCGUGGUGCAGUACGGAGGCUACGGCUGUCCGGUGUCCGGGGCUCUGAUGGCCGCCAAAAGCGGCCUGGAUCCGGCGCACAGCGACAGCAGCAGCUACUACCAGCACCACGGAGUGUACAGCAGCAGCACCGGCAGCAGCAUCAGGCCCAUCCUGAACUCCUGAAGCCUCCUGAAGUGGAGGAACACUCUGGUCUGUACAUUUGUAAAUAUCUCAGAGGCCCUUCUUCUGUUUGGUUCUGAGGCCUGAAGGAUUUGCAAACUGUUUUCCACAAGCCGUCCCUCAUGUGUGUGUUCUGGACCUGCAUCAGAUAAAAA